AUGUCGAUGGUGAGAGCACGACCAUUCUCCAGCCGCGAUGAUCUCGAUAUCUCGCCAUUGCGGGUCAGAGGGCAAGGUGUUUCUGCAGUAGCUGUGGAGUGCAUUUGUAAAGGUGGAGAGGUGGAAUUGCCUGGCCGCUUUGUAGGUAAGUUUUACAAGGUGCCGAGCAAACGCGAGGAACCACCAGCUUUGGCAUCUCAUGAGUUCAGAAUGCUGGAAGCAGUCAAGGGAUGCCCCCAUGUAGUGCAAACCUUGGGCCUCUUCCAUUUGCCCAUCCACAACUGCCUCAAGCACUUCUUAAACGUCGAGGGUCACUGUGCAGCGCCUGGUGUGCCGCUCCCUUGGGAUUCCCAGGAAUCAGCGCAGGAGGAUGACAUGCCAACGCAGCGCCUGUGCGCGCUGUUCAUGGAAAAGUGUGACUAUUCUUUGCAGGACUUUGCGUUCUUCCGCUACACCGAGUCGGAAGCCGCUUUUGUUUGUCGCUCUGUGCUUUCUGCACUGUCCCAUCUCCACGCUCGUGGAAUUGUGCACCGAGAUGUUAAACCAGCUAACAUCCUGGUGGGAAGUGGUGGUGAGAAGGUCUUGUUAGGAGACUUUGGAUUGGCAGCUUUCCUGGAAGUGGAGACAAACACGGUGUCCAGGAAUGGCUGUGGCACCCAUGGUUUCCUAGCCCCGGAAUGCUUGGAGAAGAAUGAAUUCUGCGAAAAAUCUGACUUGUUUGCGCUCGGGGCGGUGUUGUACCAGUUACUCUUCCGGACCUUUGCCUUUGUGAAAGAGACGAAGAUCCAAAGCGACAUCGCCACGCGCUUGGGGGAUCUACCGCUGAUCCCAUGUGGAAGACCCGCAGGCAAAUCUGAUGACGGGUGCCAUUUGAUUCGCUGGCUUCUGCAGAGAGAUGCCUAUGACCUUCCCUCUGCGGUAGAUGCUUUGGACCACCACUGGUUUGAAGCGGUCGAGAAUCCUCAGGAGACGUUGAAAGCCUUCGUCAGUGAGCAGCAUUGGCGGAAUGACGACGACGACGAAGACGAGUGGCCGAUGGUUCGUCGGUAA